UUCAUGUUACACACACACACACAAAAAGAAAAAGAAAAAACACAGAGAAGUUGUGAAAUAAAAAAGGUGCAAAAAUGGUGAUAGAGGAGGAAUUAAUAAGCAGCUGUGAGAGUGAGUGUGAGGGUGAAGAAGGUGGUGAGCCACUGCCUCUUCUAUCACUGAACCAUGUAUCUUUGUUAGUGAGAUCGGUGUGGACUUCUGUGCGCUUCUAUGAAGAUGUGUUGGGCUUUUUCCUCAUCAAACGCCCCUCUUCCUUUAAUUUCCAUGGAGCUUGGUUAUUCAAUUAUGGAAUUGGGAUACACUUGCUUGAAAAUGAGUCCAUUGAUGAGUACAACACCAUGAAUGAACCACGACCCAUCAAUCCCAAGGAUAACCACAUAUCCUUUCAAUGCAGUGAUGUUGGACUGGUGAAGAGGAGGCUGGAAGAACUGGGAAUGAAAUACGCAACGGCGGUGGUGGAGGAAGGAGGGAUCCAGGUGGAUCAAGUGUUCUUCCACGACCCGGAUGGGUACAUGAUCGAAAUCUGCAAUUGCGACAACCUUCCAGUCCUUCCCAUCUCUUCCUGCCCAUUCAAACCCAAGCAUGGACUUGAAAACUACAAGAAGAUGGAAGCAAUUAGUAACUGUGGACUCAUGGAAACUGUCAUGAUGGAGAGCUUGAGCGUGGAUAUGAUGAACUUUUCAUUCUGGUUAAAGUUGUCGAAAAGUGAACUCUUCUAAGUUCUAUAUAUAUUUAAUUUGAAUUGUUCAUUACAAGGAGAGUUUUGUUAUUGUUGUGUCUUACAAGGCCUUUUGGGUGCGUAAGGAUCCUCUAGAGUUAAUCCUCUAGAGUAAUCUCCUAAAGUGUUUAAUCCGACGACUGAGAAUAAAACUCACCAAAACAACGUCGUUUUGGUGAGUAUUUUCCAAAAAAAACUUUAAUUCGAAAUUUCUGCAGAUCUUAUAUGAAACAGUACAGAGACACACAUAGAGACAAAGAGAGAAAGAAAAGGGUUGUGUUUCAGAUUUCCAUCUCUUCACUCUCAUCUUCUUUUUCUUCUUCUUCAUGGGUAUUAGCGUUCUUGAUCUACUGGUUUCUUUAUGGAUCUUGAUUUGGGUUGUUUAUUGUUUUGGUCUGUUUAUAGUUGGGUUGAAAUCUAUAGUUGGGUUGAAAUGUUCUUUGGGUUUCUCUGUUUAUUGCUCUCAGGAAGUUCAUGGCCAUAGAUGACACCAAAUCAAUUUUCAUGUGGGUUUCUUUGCAAAUCCACCCAUUUUCUUCUUCAUCUCUCAAAUCCAUCAAAAUCUCUGCAAAAUCUGUCCUUGAAGCUUCUUGAAGAAUAGAGAUUAAAGUGAGUUUUUUGAAGAAUAGAGAGCAAAAAACUAGAGGACAUAGAGAUUUCAAAAAAUUAGAUCUUUGCCAAAAAAAAUCAAUCUCUGCAAAAUGAGUUUGGAAUCAAUCUCUAACAAUGAAGUUGAGAAACUCUUGAUUUGGGUUUCGAAUACGCAGACCGUGGAAUUGAUCUUCGUCGAGUAACAUUUUCAUCUGGGAUUUUGAGAGGCCUAUCUGGUGUUGUGCAUGAUUUGGUUAUCUCUGGAGAAGAAGAGUUUAGAAGUGUGGACAUUUGAAGCUCUGUUAAUCCAGCAUUAGAAGAACCUGUUUGGGCAUUCUUUGGAAAAGAUGAUGACCCAGAUUCCAGUGUUGUGAGACUUUUAGAACUCCCACUUUAAUUGUCUUGGUCUCUCCUUGAAGUUUCUUCAAUAGCCAAAAUGGAGACUACAACUUCAUUGUUACCCACCUUCUGUUUCUCACCUUCCAUGGGAAAUGAGUUUGGAAUCAAUAUCUGCAAAAUGAGUUUAGGAAAUGAGUUUCUCAACUUCAAUCUCUUCAAUACCCAAAAUUAGAUCUUUGCCAAAAAAAAUCAAAAUCUCUGCAAAAUGAGUUUGGGAAAUGAGUUUGGAAUCAAUCUCUGCAAACUGA